AUGUUCUCUCCCUCUGCAGAAGACGAUGUUCUCGUCUCCGCUUCUUUCCCCGAAACCAACCCAUUCGGACUCGUGGUGAAUGGUGAACAAAAUGGACUGUUACUCCAUCUAGUCAAUCAGGGUACCAAGAAUUACACCUUGGUUUCUGCUUCAGCAAGUUAUCACGAUGUCAAUAAUCACUGGGUUACUGUCAAAAACGCUUCCACACUCAAAUACAAUGUUCCCAUAGUUGCUGGAAGUAAUCUCAGUGCUCCUUAUCAAGUUUACAGCGAAUUCCGUCCUCAAGAACUCGGUCUAACAGUCUGGGUAAACCUCCAAGAAACUUCCGACGCCUCCAAAGGUCUACACCAGCUCACAGCAAUGAAUCAAACCGUCUCAGUAGUCGAACCAACUUCAUCAUGGUUCGAUCCAUCCCUCUUGUUCCUCUAUCUCAUCCUUUCCACUGCACUCCUAGGCGGUGCUUACGCAGUAUAUCAAACUUUCUUUUCUACCCCCGCAACGAAGAAAGGCGGUCAAAAGAAGAAGGUUAAAGCUGUUGUACCCGCUGAACAGAAGAGUGUUUAUCCCAAUGUCAAACCUUAUGAGGAAGAUUGGAUCCCUGAAUCUCACUUGAAGAAUAGACAAUCGAAAUUGAAGAAAAAGUCUACUACUGCUGGAGGAGCAAGUUCAGGAGACGAACUUUUGAGUGGAGGUGAGGUUACUAGUGGGAAUGAGGCUUCUGGAACGGAAGGGAAAGUAAGAUCAAGCAAAAAGAAGGGAAAGAAGAAUUAA